GUGAAGUCUUUAGUGUCCAGAGACUAGAGAGUACCGAAGAAAAGAAAAGGAAAAUGGAAAGAGCGAGAGAAGUUCUCGAGUUGACAAAGGAACAAACUGAGUCAGUCUCAAGACUUGACGAUUUAGCUAACCUAGUUCAAAAGAAAACGAGUUUCUACGAAUAUUUUACACUUGCGGGAACCCGAGUCGACCGAGUUGAACCUGGUCUUGUCGUUUGCUCUUUCAAAGUUCCUCGUCGACUCACUGAUUCAAAUGGUAAUUUGGCUAAAGGUGCAAUUGCAACCCUAGUUGAUGAAAUUGGUGCUGCUGCAGUUCACAGUGAUGAUCAACCCAUGAAAGUUUCAGUUGAUAUGUCGAUUUCAUACUUAUCAACUGCCAAGCUCAAUGAUGAGUUAGAGAUUGUGUCCAGGGCAUUGGGACAGAAACGAGGUUACUUCGGAACAAGUGUUCUAAUCAAAAACAAAGAAACAGGUGAAAUCAUUGCUGAAGGUCGUCACUCAUUGUUUUGUAGAGUUGCAAGCAAAAUGUGAUGUCAUUUCACUCUAUGAACUUAGUUUUUAAGUUCUGCUAUUGCCGGCAUGUACUUGUAUCUAUGUCCAUGUAUGAAAUAAAACAAAACCUCUUAUCAGUUUA